AUGGCGUCCGCAUCUCCAAAGCUCCUGGGCACGACAUGCGUAUGCUGCUCUUCGGAAGAAGUCUCAGAGAUUGACCCUGUCCUUCCCGAGAGCGUGGACUUAGACUUGCAGCCGUCUCACUCCAGUAUAGACGAAGACGAGGACUCCCAAGGAUCCGAAGAUUCCGUUGGCCGAGUACGGACCCUCAGCCAGAGGCGCUGCAGUGUUAUGGUGAAGAAGGCCCUCAGUGUGGACCGCGAGAUUAUGAGGGGCAUCGCGCUCAAGGCGGCUCUAAGAGGCUUGGGCCACGUGUGGCGCUUCUGUCCUGCCGAUCUUCCCAUGAAGGAGCGCUCAGCGCUUUGGGCUUUGUCCGAGCAAGUGGAGUCCUUCGAUACCUUCCUGUCGCACAGCUGGCGCACCCAUGGACGCUGGAAGGUGGUGGCUCUGACACUUCGCUUCGGCUGGCCUUUCUUUGUUGCCUGCUCCCUUGCCUGCAUCUUGCUCCCAGAAAUCCUCUCCUUGCUGGAGAUUCUCCCGCUGCCACUCACAUACCAGGUUCAGAUUCCAGGCGACAAGGUCUUCGACGUCCCCUUCGGAGGCUGGGGUUCUCUUGGGUACCUUCCGGACGCAUGCGGCAGAACUCCGAAAUGCUUCCUGGACGUUACGAGCCGCCCGGCCGACUGUUAA